AUGCAUUCAUGUCAUGGUGGGAGCAACCAGCGCUUCAUUUGGAAUGGUGAACAACUUCAGUCAGAGGCCAACACCAACAAGUGCUUGGAUUACUCGUUUGGUUCAGGCAACGUCGUGAUUUGGGAUUGCCAUGGUGGAAACAAUCAGAAGUGGUACUGGGACAACGGACGGCUGAAAAGCAGGCAUGAUCACUUCUGUUUGGAUGUUCUCCCAAGCAACAACAAUGUUUUCGUGGGGAGCUGCUCUGGAAUGAACACCCAGCAUUGGCAACAGUUAUCCAGUUUGCACAACAGUGCACAAUUGACCAUUGGAGGUGGCAAGUGCUUGCGAUACAACGCGCAAGUGCACAACAACGUGGAAGCUGCGGGUUGUUCGGAAACACCAGGUACGAUGUGGUAUUUCAACAACCAUCACCGGCUACAGACAGAAGAAAACGACAAAUGUUUGGACGUCCACACUAGCACUGGCAAUUUGUACAUGGGAGAUUGCCAUGGUGGAUGGAAUCAAAAGUUCUACUUCGAUGGUCAUCUCUUGAAAACCAUGCACCAGGACGAUCUUUGUUUGGACUACAAUGUGGCAAAUGGCAACGUUUACACCGGCAGUUGCCCACACCACAACAUGUUCAACUUCAAAAUGCAAGGUGGUGCCAUGCUGAAGAAAAUGCCACUGCCGAAGGAGUACCAGCAUGGCCAAACUCUGGAUGUGAGCUGUUGGUCUGAGCGCUUUGCUUCUUCCAGCUCUGAAGCUUUGUCGUGUGUUGCUGGCGUAUGGAUGAAUUCUCGUGGCAAAAAGGGGUUAGAUGGCUUCAGCUGUGCAGCAUGCGUUCAGGUCGUCACCCCCCGGUACGCAGAUUUGGAUUCGCAAAUUCGCCAGGAGCUCUUCUUUGCUGCUGGCAUGGAACUUCACCUCACUGUGGACACACGGAUCCGCAGAUCGGUGACUGCCAAUGGCCAGCUACGUGAAGGUGGGAGCAGAGAUGUUUUCGUGGCAGAGAUGUUGCCGGAUGCUGCAGAGACGACACGGCGCUAUCGUUCCAUCACCAAUGGAGGUCAAUGUCUCACGAUGUCCAAUGGCAGACUGGGAUCUUCAGCAUGUGCCAGAGAGGCUGAACCACAACAGAUGAUUGAGGCGAUGGAACUGUCGUCUUUGAUGUGGGAAGAGUUCAAGGCAGGUGCAAACGUGCCAGCUCCCACCACAUCAUACCUGGCCAACCGUGGCUCUGGGCCGACAACUCUGCGUUCCCUUGUGCUUUUUCAGGCGCAGCUUGCGAGAAUUGUGUUCCACAAACCAGCUGUGCUGACUGUGACUUGA